AUUAUAAAACUCCCAUUGGACCGUGUUCAGUCAAAGAUAAACAGCGAUAAUAUUAUUUACUUUGACCCUAACGACCCUCGAUGUUGAAGUUGAACGUUUUCGUCAUUUGAUCUGUGACUGUGUCGUGCAAAACGCUAACUCGAAUCAUGGUCUGAUUGACCGACAAAAUGAAUUGGUGUGUGAUUUUUGUGUGUUUGUGCAUCGCUAGUGUACGUGCAUCAGGAAAUUCACUAAAGGAUCCGUACAUUUGUGGGCACCCAACAUGCGCACCAUCAGAAAAGUUCAAAUAUUUGACACACAUCAUAUACCAUUAUGAGUAUAAAACGAAGGUAGAAACCUACUUUGCUGGAUCUAGUAAUAACCGGUCCACGCUAGAUGUUAAAGCAAGAGUCACACUACAAUUCAUCAAACCAUGUGAAGGCCUCCUGCAGUUGAGUGACGUCACACUCAUAGACCAAGACGAGAACUACCCAGUUGAGAGAGCUGAAAAGUUUAUACACGCAAUCGCCUUGAAUGAUCUGAGGUUUGCAUUCCAUGAUGGAGUCAUAUCAGAGAUAUGUCCGGAGGAAGCAGAGGAAGACUGGGUACUCAACUACAAGAGAGCUAUAUUAUCACUAUUUCAGAAUAGCAUGAAGAGAUUUGAUAUCAACUUUAAAGGUGUUGAGCAAGACAUCCACGGCACGUGCAAUGUGGACUACAUAGUACGAGGGCAGGAGAACACUAGCCUUGUGCUGGUAAAGUCAAGAGAUCUCUCGCAGUGCACCGACAGAUACAAAUACAUGUCAAUAUUGCAGACUGUGCGCUAUGACUUUCAGAGUAAAUUCCAAACAUGGCCAGUGCUAAAGUCUGAAAGUAAAUGUGUUAUAUCCGUGGACCACCAUAUUUACAAAUCUGUGAACUGUAGAGAACGACACCUGUUUGAACCUUUCUCGGGCAGAAACUCAGGCGGUAUGACCACAGUCAUCCAAGAUCUCAUACUUGUGGAAGAGGUCAAUAAAACUGGAUCUGAUUCCAUGGAUUCUGAAAAUAAAGCUUGGUCAGUUAUUGAGAAACGCUCUAAUAUCCUGCACCAUCACUCGCCGUAUGGCCGAUCUGACACUGGAGAGUUGAAGUCAGCCAGAGAUGUAUUGAAACUACUUUGCCUUGUAAAGCCAACUUCAGACGAUGAAAUCUCAACAGUGGACGAGAACAUGGACAGCGGGUCUAUAGUGGGCCUGUGGGGUCGAUUGGUGCGCUCGGCGAGGAAACUGCACCAUCCGGCGCUGGCACAGCUACUCGCUAGGGCUCCCACUAUUUGUCCGUCUGCUUCCAAACACAUCCUAGAUGCUCUUCCCUAUAUAGCAAGUCCGGGUUCGGUGGAGCUAAUAAAAAACAUGAUUCUCAACAAUGAGGCAGACAAAGACACGAGGCACGAAUGGCUCAUGUCCAUGGCUAUGAUUCCGAGGCCAAAGAUAGACAUGCUGAAGAGCAUGUUAGAAUUACUGCAAAAGCAAAAGAACGACAAGGUGGUCAGUUUCACCGUCUCAUCAAUGACCCAUUCCUAUUGCAAACAUAAUGGAAAAUCGCUACGAGAAUGUUGCGAAGAAGAGGUUCCCAGACAAAUCCUUGAGGAAUUCCAAAAUAAUGUCAAUGAGAUCGUCAGCAAGGGAGUUAUUAGUCCACAAAGACAAGACAGGGAUAAUCUCGUGAUAGCCAUUAAAGCUUUAGGAAAUAUUGGUGGUUUCAAGCAAGAAUUCGCUGACGUUUUAAUGAAUAUAAUAGGAGAUCCUUUAAUAUCCGUGCCUGUCAGACUUACUGCUAUAGAUGCUUUUCGGAGAACGCCUUGUGUUGAAACGCGGGAAUACUUUCUUGAAACAUACAGAGCAGAUUUAGUAGAUGUUGAAAUUCGAAUAGCGUCGUACCUUCAAGUGAUGAGGUGUCCAAACCUGAGCACCAUUCGAAAGAUAUUCCACGCACUGCGCUUCGAGCCUGUGAACCAAGUUGCAACGUUUGUGUGGAGCCAUCUCAACAACCUCGGCCAUUCGUCGUUGCCUUCGCGAGUGGAAAUCCAGGGUCUGCUAUCUGGGAACACCAUGCCUCAGUUAGAGGAUAAUCCUGAUUUCAGAAUGUUUUCAAGAAACUAUGAGCAAAGUGUGUUCUUUGACCAGUAUAAUGCCGGUGGAAAUUACGAAGCAAACGUCAUAUUCUCACCGGACUCUUAUAUUCCAAGAGCUUUAUCUCUCAACUUGACCAUUGACAUGUUUGGCGAGUCCAUCAAUUUGUUAGAGAUCAAAGCUCGCGGGGAAGGCUUCGAGAAGUACUUUGAAAGUCUGUUCGGUAAUUAUGGAGCUUUGAGCAAGAACAAAGUAAACGAACAAAUAAACAAACUACGAUUUUUCCGAUCAACGAACGAAGCUGACGAAGUGCGGGACAAAGUCGAUGACCUUGGCUAUAAGAACAAUGCUCUCAAGCAUCGUUUCCCAAUGGCCGAACUCGGUUUUAAAGUUUUUGGCAAUGAAAUAUCUUUUUGGAGUGCAGAAGGGGAUGAAGAAAUACGAAAAUCUUUGGAAAGAUUAAAUCCUAAAUUGAGGGUUUUAGAGAUUCUGUCCGGAAAGGAAAUAUCGUACAACAAAGCGUCCCUAUUCCUCGACACAACAUUCUCCGUGCCAACUGGUUCCGGUUUGCCGCUCAACUUGAACCUGAUGGGUACCAGUUACGUCGACACGAAAAUGUCUGGCACAGUCUCGGACAAAUACGCAAAAUCGGGGAAUUUGGAAUUCGAAGGAAAAAUAAGACCCAGUGUGGCAGUAAACAUAGCUGCAACGAUGAGCGUGUCAGCCGGGUCCCUGGCGUCCAGCGGCAUCCGGUUAUCUUCGCGCCUGUACACGGCAACUUCUCUGGCCGCGAAACUGGCUCUGCGAGGCCUCGAUGAAGUCAAGCUUGAUCUCUCCCUUCCUAGAGAUAAACAAGAAAUUUUUGCCGCUAAGUCCGAGCUAAUGAUCUUGCAUGGAGAUGAAGAGUUGCCUCAACAGGGCAUUAACAAGAACAGGAUAGAACAGAACACUUGCAGUUGGAGUACUUUUGAUAAAGCUAUCGGCAUUAAAGUCUGUGCCGCUUAUCAGUUCCCCAAUAUGACGAAUCUCCUCGAUGCUCCGUAUUUCUUACUGAGUGGGCCGGCCAAAUAUAUCGUAUCGUUGGAGAAGGCCGAUCCGUCCGCUAAGACUUACGCUCUACGUUACAAAUGGGACCGGAACGAAACAACCAAUGUUAUAGACUUUUCAUUCGACACGCCAAAUAGCAAGGAAGAGCGUAUGUUCAACGCACGUCUCUUACUCUCAAACACAUCAAGCACUGCUUCCCUCACGCUCCAUACAUCGGAAAGCAUCAUAAAAGCAAACGCUCUGUACCGCAACAUCCCCUAUGACAAAUGCUUAUCAGCAAGUUUGGACGUAGACGGCAAGAAACAGUUUGACACAGUCAUGUCACUUAAGAGACAUGAUGUGAAAUACGGAUACGUAUGGCUUCCUCACGCCUAUUGGGUUGUUAAUGAUGAGAAGAUUGCAGAGUUAUCUGGAAGCCUAAAAGUAAAAUCCAAAGGAGGUGUAACACAAUGGGAUAUAUCAGCUGAAUUCCAAACGAAGCAACUAGCCAGUCGUAUGAUAGGGUACUAUACAGUAAAUGGGCCCACGCACGGCACCAAACUAAACCUUGAAUACAAAUUCUACGGGAAUGCAAAACAAAAUAUUAAAAUCGAAGGCUUAUACAGCGAAAGACCGAUGUCUUAUAGACACGAUUUGUACGGGGAACUGUCCAUGGAGUUCACGGCAUAUCCAGUGUAUAAUUUCUACUGUAUUCUGAGGAAUGUGAGAACCCAAAAUCACGUUGAUAUAGGCUUCAACGUUAGCGCAUCAAAAGCAGAAAGCUCGGAUCCAUCGUUCACGUUUGUAUUCAAACGUAUUGAUAAACUGAACGGUUUGAAAGUGGACACGCAAGUUGUACUCAAAAGACCAAAGCCUAUAAUUAUGAAGUUCCAAUAUGACCAAACGGGUCCAAAAUAUUCCGCAUUGGCUCUCUUGAACUUCAACCCGAAGUCCCGAGAAAUACUGAUAUCGGGCUAUGUGUUUGCGCCGCCCGGCACGCAGCUGUAUGCGGACGCGGAGCUAAACGUCACAUUGCCGACUUUGCAUCCAUGCCAACUUAAAGCGAAGCUACACGAAAAACGACCCAAUGAGUUUCAGGUAAACGCAAUGGGAGUCUGGUUCACGGGCGUAGAUUUUAACAUAGACGCAGUGUACCAAGAUCAGUCUAAAACCAAUUUGGCGUCACAUCGUCUCAAAGUUCUAAUCAAUAGCAGCCAUUUCAAGGAUAUCGCAGUUGAUGCCAAGUUUACGCAGGACAAUCGACAAAUCACUUUUAUCGCUGAGGGUGAAUACAACGAAGACAAAUACAAAGCACUUGUUCGGUACUUGCUUUUGUCUGAACAAAAUUUCACAGCGUACGGCGAAAUAGACAUUGGUGGCAAGUCUUACAGUCUGAACCUAAACGCCGAUCUCAAUAACAACACUAAUAUCAAUAUGGAUGUUCAUUUUGACCAACUCCGCGAUGUCCACAUCUCAUACCAACGCGCGGUGACGCCUCGUCAGAAACGCCUGAGCGCUUCCUUCAAUUGGGACGCGAACAGGGAUCCGUCGCAGAAACUCAGCAUAGACGCCAAACUGGACCACAAAGGGGACUGGCAUCAUGGCGGACACGUCACUCUGCAUUAUCCUGGCAGAGUGGUUAAUGGGGAGUUCGAAUUCUUGCUGAAAGAUUGGUUCUGCGAAUGGAUGGUACAGAUGGGUUGGGCGAGUCAGACGGCUAUAGUGUGGCGAGUGAAGGCUUUCUCUGAAGUACAGGACCAAACUAUAUAUGCGUUACUGUCCAGCCUUAGCACGCCUUUCCCUCUUUGGGAAGACACAAGCUUCAAUCUCAUGUGGCGUUACAAAGACAACCUGCAAGCUGUCAACGGCAGUAUGAACUGGCAGGACAACUUCCUAGCAUUCCAUUUACUUGCGGACUAUCUAUUCACUACUACUAAGUUCUACGGAGAGAUCAACGCUUCUGUAAACUCCACCAUACCGACCUUGCCUAGAGCGGCCGCCAUUGCAAAACAUACAGUGGUUUGGAAGGAAAGUGCUGAUACGUUGCUGAGUUUUCAAUACAAUGAAGACGGAUUGCUUAUGAUCAACUCUUCCUGGGCAAUUCAUAAGGGGCUGAAUGAGAACAAUGUGACUGGGAGAGUAGUCCUAUUAACACCAUUCCCAGGAUACACCAAAGGAUUUCUGCGAACUGAAUUUGUUUUUGGUCACAAGAGGGACAUAAAAGGUGUAACAUAUUUAGAUUUGGAAGAAAAGGUUAUCAAAAUUUAUGUUGACGGCUAUAUGCGGCGCAUCACGAACUGCAUGCUCGUAGUGAACGUCACCAGCCCUAUACCGCAGUUCUCACACACAACCGCUAGAUUCGGAUUCGUGGAGGCCGACAGACAUCUGGUGGCCAUGAUUGUUACUAAAAACUCUACCACAGGUAUCGAAGUGUUGCUAAAACUGUUAUCGCUCCAAGAUUUCCAAAUAUUCGGCCACGUGGCACUGCCUCUGCAAUACCUUAACAGAGCAAUGAUAACUGCCAAGAGAGCUUCUGAAGAGGUGGACUUCAGAGUGGGUUGGGGCUCAAUGGACUUUGGUUUCACUGGCAUCUGGCAAUGGAAAUCUAUAGUCGACUUCGUUUAUGUUUACAAGUUGUACACACCUCUUGAUGGCUUUGAACAAAACGGUCUCGUGUUGAAGAAUAUAUACGGAAAUGGACUGGAUACUGAAUUGUCCAUUCGACUUUCCAAACAUAAGUUUGGAAUAGCCAUCCUCCUCGUCGACAACGGCAAAGGUCUACUUGACGUCAUAAAGGACCGCUUCCAACACAAGUCUGGCAACCCGGAUAUGUUUGUGGAGAACUUCGAUACAGAAGCGAGCGUUACACUGGACACGCUGUACUACCCUACCAUCACCUUCCAUGCUCAUAUGAUGAAGUUCGUCGGGCCGGAUGAAGAGGACAUAUUGGAGGCGAAUGCCACGUUGCAUCUUCCAGACAAAGCACCUAUUGUUUUGACGGACGUAUUUAUUUUAGAGUCAUACACAGUGAUGCAGAACACUCUGAACCUGGUGACGCCGUUCCAAGCCGUGCAGCAACUCAAGUCAGUGUACACCGUGGAGAUUGCUAUCGGGGAGAAGUUCAAUGUCACUUGUGUAGCUCUACUCUACAAUGGCACCUAUUGGCACGAGAUAUCGUACAAGAUCUAUUACGAAUCGGAGAUAGGUGAGGAUGAAGCGUACAAGUCUUACCUCGCGUCAGUGGGUAUCGCGACACCGCUGGAAGUGUUGCCCGCGCUAGAGUCGCGCGUGUCCGUGCGACUCGAGGACGCCUUGUGGAAGAUGUCAGCAGACAUCGCCAUGCCUUCCUUUACUGUCACCGCUCUCGCGAGACUUGAACUGGAGGACGCGUUCGUGGAAACGUCUGGAAGCUUGAACCUGACCUCUGAGUACUUAGAAGACUACUUUAUUAAGAUGGAGUUCAAAAAAGACAUAUCGGAAGUAGAAAGUUCAGUUGGAGGCGGCAUACAAAUUCAACAGGGCAAUCAAAACAACUAUAUUUUCGCAGAUGCCGUUUGGCGUCCACCACCGACCCGUCACAUACGUUUCAAAGCGCGCGGUGCGUUGGUGCCGGUGCUGUCGCCGGCGGAACUUGCCUUGUUGUUCAGCGACGAGAACCAGCAGCGAACACUCACUGUGGACUUCAAUACUGAGAACGAUUAUUACUCACUGAAGGCCGAUCAAUGGCCGGCGUCAGUGAGCGUCGCUUUGAGCAGCCCUCAUAAGGGCUUUAGAGCAAUGAAAAUAAUCGGCGAGUUUGAAGGCGACGAUAUCCGAGGAUCAUUUGUAAGAGAAGCGGCCGAGUACAGCAUCACAGGAAAAGUUCUGAAUCGAGAUCCUCUAGAGCUUUCAUUUACGCUGGUGCCAAAAGGCCAAGGCCAGUCAGUGACGAUCCGAGCCAAGUGUGAAAUAACUCCGACGGUGUAUGCUGUUACUGCACACGUGGUCAGCUCCAUGGAGAUCACUAUGCGCGCCAAGAUUGAGUUGGAACAGAACUUCACUGAUGUCUUUUUUAAGGUCGAUAUGCCUCAAGUAAAGUCCAAAGAGAUGUUCUUCAAGUCUCGAGUGGAUAUAUACCCUGGACUGCGGAGGGUGGCGACCAUACAAGCGGUCACUCCGCUGGAAAAGUUACCGUUUUUGAAAGGAGACACCGAUUUUAUAUUCGGCCCGAAAACUGGAUACUUGCUCUGUAACUACGCACUACCGAAUAUGAAAGGUGAAGGCGAUCUGAAAUGGAGUUUCGUGGAGGAAGAUCUAUACAUAAAGGCAAUCGGACAACAACUGGUAGAGACUAUACAGAAGAGUGUCGACUUGGACAUAUACUACGGGAACAACACCGACUCUGAGGGCCUUCAGAGAACCAACGCCGGGUUCAGGAUGGACUUGGACCGAAUUUGGCAAAUUGGCGCAAACGCAACUUUCGGCAUGAUAAUGCAACAACGUUUGAAAUUGAAAAUCAACGCCAUAUUGCCGAAGCCGAACGUAGACGUGCACACGCUAUACAUUGACGGCAACAUGGGAGAUGCGAACAAACCGAUGCAAGCGAUAGAAGCACUGUACCGCACUGAUGUUACCAAAAUUCGGGCCGGAAUCAAGGGACAGAUGAUAACAAUAGGCGAAAGUUUCGACGGUAACUCCACUAUAACAUGGACAUCAAAUUCAAAAUACAACGACAUAGACAACAUAGUUUCAUACAAAUGGGACGUGAACGGAUCUAAAUAUAUCGACUAUACACUAAACACGCCGAUCGUUUUACAUAGUUUAAUGCUGAAUAUGUCGGGCAGUUGUUAGACUUUAAUUACUAAAAUCUUCAUUGUUUAUUCCAGAGGUCGUAUGCACCGUCCCGCCAGCAGUCAAAUAGGGGAGAUCGACGUGCGCUACGGAGGGUUCAAGCAUACGGACGGUUACUUCAACGUCACCACGCCGUUCCACACUCUGCCCUGGCUCAAGUCUAUAUUCGACAUAAACAACGCUGACGAGAAUUCCGACAACCGAGUAGACCUAUUCUGGCCCAACAAGACAGCAGCUAUCAACACAACCCACGUUUACUCUAAACAUGACAAAGGUUUCACACAAAAUGGCACCAUCGCGCUCUCCAUACCAGUGAACACGCAACACUUGAUAAAUUCAGAAUAUUUCUACUUGGAAGAAGAGAAAUUCAGUAACGGUCAUGCCGUCAUAGAUUUUGACAAAGAGAGAUUCGUCAAGGUCAUGUUUGACAAGGUCUUGAGCAAGAGUGAGAGGAAUUUGGACCUCGCAACGAUGAAUAUACAAGUGGAAAACGUUCAUACACCUGUUGGAAUUAAGUAUAUCCAGGAAUAUGAUCAAACUGGGAGUGUUGAUGUUAAACAAGCAACGUUAUUCCACCUACACAAUACAUCAAUACUCAACGUGACCGGGAAACUCGACAUCCAUUCCUACGACAUCGGCAAAAAGAUGAAGUUCACGGCCAUUCACGGAACUCGCACCUGGAAUUUCGACAACCUUUACGAAGUCGUAGACAAGGAACUGAAACAGGGCAGCAAAAUUACUUGGGCGGAGGAUGUUUGGCUAGGUUAUAAUAUUCAUGUCACCAAUUUGAGUGCAGCCGACACCGAGUCCCAGCAAAUUAUAAUGGACGUCCGUUACCCUCUCCGUAUAUUCCAAGUAACAGCUCUGUACAGGUUGCAAGAUUCGCUAUUAGACGGCACCGCACAUUUACUGUGGAACGUUCGAGAUGAAAACAAAACCGCCGAAUUGAGGGGCAAGUGGGAAAAUCCCCCAUACGUUGAUGGCAAUUUACAUGAUGUAUACCUUGCACUAUCACACCCUUCAUUUAGAAAGGAUGUAACUUUAAAAGGACAAUACCUAACCACUCCUUCGGUAAUGUUGAACUUGUCAAUGGAACUCCAAUACUCGGACUAUGAAAAGGAAUAUCUCAAAUUAAAGUCCAUUUUGAUGGACAACUCUAACGGACCGGUUAGAGAUUACAAAUUUGCCCUCAAAUGUGUUCACCCAUCUACAAAUUUGGACUUAGAUAUGAAAUCGGAUAUACAUAUCCACAGUCGAUGGUACUAUCUUAGCAACUACUACAGAUUCCAGAAGUCACUUUUCUAUGAAAAGUUGAGGAGUACUAAAUUUUUAGUUAAUUUGGACGAAGAUUCCGUUAAUUGGGAGCGAAUAAAUGAAACGUACUUUUACAAAGUCAAUGGUACCUGGAAGCUAAUAUACCCGCGAUAUCAAGUGAAGGGGAUAGUUUUAAGACCUAACGCCAACGACACCAUGUUUGCUGAACUGUCCAUGGUAGAUAGAGCUAUUAGGGCGCAUUAUAACAGUACAGACGAUAUCUCCUACCACAUGAUUGGAAAAAUCAUUGACACACGUUCGGCUCGACUAGAUGCGUGGAGACACUAUGAUGACGUCACUACCGUUGACUUGGCUUCCUACAUCCGACUGAAUCAUUCUCGACUACUUACCAGUGCGUUCAUGUGGCGGCCUGAGAUAUUCAGCGAAGUCAAAUCAUCGGCUGUUUAUGGUUUGAAGAUUUUGUACAACCAGGUUAAUGAAACCCUAUUGGUCAUCAAGGAAGCUCCGAUGGAGGCUCACCAAGCGCUUAGGAACAUUUGGAGCGACGCCAAACCCCGGGUCAGAGAUUUCCUGGAUGAUCUCAACGACUUGCACGUAAUAAAAGAUGAUUUGGACGAUUUCCAAUCAUUCUUAAACGAAUCUUAUGAUCACAACGAUUUUUAUGUUAAAGAUAUAGUCGAAUUUACGUAUUACGUAUUAGACGAAAUGGCAAUAAGAAAUCAUUUGGAAGGGUUGCCGGGAUUCGUUAAUGAUAUGUGGGGAAUGAUGGGAAAUACAAGUUCUUCUAUCAAACAGAGUUUGACGUACGUCAUUGACUCCGUUAAAAAUGCGUACUCGAACUUCCUGGAAUCCAUGAACAAAGUCUUGGAAGCUGAUUUGAUGGAAAUGGUGUCCGAUAAAUUGGAAUCCAUGAUAUUGCAAUAUGAUAACUUUGUGCGAGAUUUACACAUGAAGUUCUUGGAGUAUUGGGAGGAAACUUGGGUUAAUGCGACUUCAAAAUUUGCCAAGUAUUGGCACGAUUUGCUAAAGUCCAUAGAGCCGCUAUUCUUUAAGAUGUUGCAUUAUACGGAAGCGUUUGUGGUGACUAUUUGGAGAGGUAUCAUGGAUUUCUUCCAUGAGAGAACUCAUGAGCUAACUGAUACGCCAUACUUUAACUAUGUAUCUACGUUUGGACAUGAAAUGGACCGGAUAUACAAGGACUUAAUGAACAACGACAUAAUAACAAAUAUAAAGAAAUACAGUAAAAAAUUGUGGAACGUUAUUUGGAACAAAGUCGAGAAAUACAUUCCGUUUACGGACGAAUUCAAGCAGCUGUACAACGAAUUCCGCAAUGCUUGGGAAAACUUCCUGAAGACGCCGCAAGUUGUUUACGUUAGGGAAAAGUACAAGGAAGCUUAUGUACGACUAAAAUGGUGGUACGAUUAUUUCCUGAUCGGUGAAGCAUCAAACAAAGUUUGGGAGAUUGUUUACGCCAAGGUCACCAGUAUGGCGAAGACCGCGCUGGAAUAUGAGGAACUACACCGAACUCCAAAAACGCACUUCAUAUUUGAUCCUUACAAAGGUGAAAUCCUACUCGAGCAAAAGUUGCCUAUGUCCUGGCACGCGUUCAACCAGACGCCGGACUUUAGUGAAAUAUCUGAAUACAGAACAGUCAGGAACUUCAUGGACGAAUGGCUAAUUAGUAACCGUAGCAUCUGGGCGUAUUACUACGACAUAAGACCUUACAUGGACUUUAAUAAUGUCAUCCCUCCAUUUGCUGGUUUGGCAAUGAUGACCGGACAAGGGACACUCGUGACAUUCGACAAGCAAGUGUUCACGAUAUCAGAACCGGGAACUUUCCUACUGACUAAGGACUAUAGACAGAACAACUUCACUGUCCUCAUGGAAAGCAACGACCAAGGAAAAUAUGAUUUAGUUGUGCUGACAAAGAAGAACUUGAUAUUUAUUGAUUUGUAUAAAGAGCAAGUAUCGUUAGGAAGAGGGACGCCUCUAAACCUGCCAGCAAUGAUCGACGAGAUGAUUGUGGACAGACAGACCGACACGCUCUCUGUGUCGUCGCCAUACGGUUUGCAGAUCGAGUGCAAUCUACUGUUCCGUACUUGCAAACUAGAAGUAACAGGAUGGUACUACGCAAGCUUGGGCGGUCUCCUCGGGACCUACAACAACGAGCAGUUCGACGAGCGACAACUGCCCAACGGCACCAUAGACACGGACGCCGCGCACCUCGCCCACGCGUGGUCUAUCCGCAGCAGCCAAGUCAAAACUCCACCGCCCAGAACUAAUAAUACGACCUGUGAAAAGUUCUUCAGGAACAAAGUAUCGCCGUUGCACCCCUGUUUCUCUUUGAUCGACGCCCUGCCCUUCUACGAAGAAUGCGAGAAGGGCGUUGAAGCGUGCGCGCUCGCCAACGCGUACCUGGAGCUGUGCUCUCAGCAACAUGUUCCCACACAUAUACCGGACCACUGCGUGCAGUGUGUUACACCUGGUGGCGAUCUAGUAGAAGAAGGCACUUUCUUCCAACUUGAAAACAUUCCCGGAUCAAUGGACGUAGUGUUCGUAGUAGAGGCGCAGUAUUGCAAUAAGAAUAUACGCAAGACUAAGAAUAUCGACCUUUUCGUUGAUACUUUGGACAGCAAGCUGCAAGGGAACGGAUUUUCUGAUAACAGGUACGCGGUAGUAGUGUACGGCGGCGCCGGCGUGUACCGGCGCGCGCGCGCUCUCUACGUCAACAACAAGUUGUUUACCGCCGCCGUCGACAUCCCCAGGCACUUCGAGGCGUUCCAAAUUGACAAGAGUUCAUUGGCAAAAAGCAACAAGACAGUGGGCGGGGACGCUCUGCGCGCGCUGCGCUUCGUGUCCACGCUGCCGCUGCGUGCGGGCGCGCCGCGCGCCAUCGUGCUGCUGCCCUGCACCAAGUGCGACGCGACCCUCAGCUCCCUGGAUUACUCCACAAUCUACCACAACCUGAUGGAGAACUCGAUAACGUUGCAUAUACUCAUGGACGACGACUUUUCGCUUUCCAAGAAAAGAGUAGCUAAAUAUCUCUUUGGCGUGGACAACUACCUAGCGUACACGAACAAAGACUACGAGCGGUUGGUGGGCGACGCCGGGCUACGCAAGCAGGUCAGACUGCCCAAAGACAAGCUCGGGCUCUGCACGUCGCUCUCGCUGGAGACCAAUGGUACAAUCUGGGCUGGCUCUAAGUUGGAAGGCGACCGCGGCGCGGCGCGUCGUUUCGCGACAGUCGCAGGCGGUCGCAUCGCCGGCUCGUCUUCCUCGUGCGAGUCGCAGCGCUGCGAGUGUCGUAGCGCCACGCUGCACUGUCGCCCGUGCGCCAACCACGACCCGUUGGAGCUGUCGUUCUGGAACUCCGACAACAUCGACGAGCUGAUAGACAUGGCGAUGGACCCGCCCAACCUGCCCUCGUUUAGUUAAUAACAAAUAGUUCAUUAGUAAAACAAUUGACGAAUAAUUAUAAUGAUUAAUUAGAUUAAUUUAUUACAAGUUGUAAUUCAUUUAUAAUAAAUACAUUAGACUAUUUUUGUAAUUUA